UUCAGGUACACCUCAUCCUGCUGGGCCAACUGAACUUAAUUAUGGCGGUUCUGGCCCCGCCUCCGCUGGUCAUUGGAGGGAUCGAACCCUCCAUCUAUCCCAGGGACGGACUUUGGUUUGUUUCGCACUCCGUUCUGUAUGAUGGUUGCUUUGGAGAUACUGGCUGCUCAGGGUUCAGGAAGAGUAGAAUCAGUACAUAAUGCAUGCCACUUGUGAAAGAUAGAAGGGGAUGGGGCAGGGUCACUAUGCGACCAAA